ACAGGUAAAUAUGUAUUUAGAUUUGAGAUGAACCUCCCAGAUGACAAAUGGACUGGUAUAGGUGGCUCAAAAUUAGAUAUUGUUGAUCUGAAGACUUUGGUGACGAAAACGAAUGGAAAUGGAACAAUGAAAGAAGGCGACUCUGUGAAUCUGACCUGCAUAAACAGCUGUAAUGGUGGUGACCUCUCAUCUGCUUUCACCUGGUUUAAGAAUGGAAAAGCUAUAAGUGAAGGACGUGCACUUUAUUUAAGCAACAUUUCCUCCACAACCUCUGGAAACUACACUUGUUCCAUAACAACACACAAAGGAACAAGUUCAGAAGUCAUAAAUAUUAAUGUUGAACAUGGCCCUAAAAACACAUCAGGGUCUGCCAGACCAUCGACGGAGGUAGAAGCCAGUAGCAAAAUAACUCUCACCUGCAGCAGCUAUGCAAACCCACCAGUGGAGAAUUAUACUUGGUUUAAAAUAGUUGAUCGUGAUACGGGCGUCGUUUCUGUUGGAAAUAAGUUUGAACUGCACUUUAGGGUGGUUUCUCCUGCCGUUGAUGGCCAGUACUUCUGCAGUGCCACUAACAAACAUGGGAGUCAAAACUCUUCUAUUGUGACUUUAAAGGUUAAAGCAUUUUCUCCAAACAGCGUAUUUACCAGAAAUGUAGUCAUCAUUACUACUGCUGCUACUGUUACUGCACUUCUGAUUGUGACCAUUAUUAUUGCUGUCAGGAGACUAAACAAAGGAAGGACAAGAGCGCCAGAGACUGAUUGUGAGGCGUUCAAUCAGAAUGUAAUCUAUCUCAACUGGCCCGUGUUUGAAAACAGCCAGUCACAAGAAGGAAAUCAGUGUGAGGGAGCAUCAACAGAACUCAUCUACAUAACUGUUGACUUCAACAUCAAGAGAAAGUCAAACAGGCAGCAGCAGAUGGACUCGCAUAAUGAUGACGAUGGUGUGGUUUACAGCUCAGUGUGCAGGACCACAUCUUGAACCCGUCAUACACUGAACAUCUCUGACAGGCACAUGCUGUUUUGCAGUAACAGGAAGGAAAAAAAUGUGCUGAAAUAUCAAAACAAAAACAGGAACAAUGCUAAAUCUUGUUGCUCAUAAAUGAAGAAAGGGCACUAUUAUAAAAGUCAAAUGGAAUUUAGGUGAAUGCUGCAGUUUACUUAAGAUAAAGGAAGAGGAAUGAAGAGGAUAUUUUCUACAGAAUUAAUACAUUUACACCAGCUAUUUC